AUGGCUCCCCGAUGCUGCAUCCUGGCUAUCUGGGCCGCUCUCUGCAUCCUCUGCUCACACAGAACCCCAGUGUCCCCCGUGGGCGCUCACCUGAUGCUGUCCCCGCAGCACAUGGCCUGUGGGGACAAGUUCCACAACCCCCUGCAGCACUGUUGCUGUGACGACGCUGUGGUGCCCUUGGGCAGGACCCGGAAGUGCGGCAACUGCACCUUCAGGGUCUGCUUCGAGCAGUGCUGCCCCCGGUCACUCAGACCCCAGGAGUCCUUCCUGGUGAAACUGAAAGGCCAGAGUUGUUCCUGGGCCCCGUCCCCAGAUGACAGGGUUUGUCGCAGCUGA